AAGUGUUCUGUUCAUCUCUCCUACUAAAACAGUGGACAAAUUAGCAAUAACAUUUAAAUUUUAAUUAUGAAAUUGCUGUCCAUGUAAUUUGCAAAUCGCUGUAGGGUCUGAUUAGACCCUCUGGCGGACCGCUGUUAGCCCGCGGGCCGUAUGUUUGACCUGUGAUAUGGGGCGAAAAUGAGUUAGAGAUGAUCACGUCAAAAUCAGUCCUGAAAACAAAAAACAAAAAAGAAAAACCAUCCCUGUCUCUGUCCGUAACUGCCGGGGGAUGCUGCGGCUGUGUGUGUUGUCCGACUCCCGCAGACAGAAUUGGUCCGAACCGUGGCCCCUAAACCCGGCUGGUGAGUUGGGAUGCCUCAGACUCAGGCUGUUGCUCCUCCUCGACAGGGCUUUCAAUUCAAGAGUGGUGUGAAGGGACUUCAACCGGAAACCAAACUUCGAACUUUUUUUUCUCUCUGAGGCUAAAAGAGGGAAACGAAGCGACUCUCGAUGACAUACCUCUACACAGUUCCUUCUUUUCUCCAUUUACGUGUUGCUGCUGGAAAUGUUUCAGCUGCCGGCCGACGGGCGACGACUUAAGAGGGUUUUCUGGCGAGGAUAAGAGCGACGUCGAGUAAUUCUGAGCUAGUCGACGACCAUAUAACGGAUACUGGUCCUUUAUCAUGGAAGAUGGUGCGAAAGAGGACCCAGCCCAGCAAAAAGAGCCAACGUUCCUGGGUAAGGCUGGCUGGUUGAAGAAGGCCCCUGGCAGACUUUUGGCAAGCUACAAAGAGCGCUACAUCCAAGUGGUGAAGACAGAAAUCGUGGUGUAUGAAAAUGAGGACCUGCAGAACUGCUUGGAGAGGCUUGACCUGGAAAACUAUGAUAAAUGUCACGAACUGAAGAGCCCCUUCACGAAGAAGCAUAGAUUGAUAUUGAUACGAUCACCCAAGUCUGGAAAUAAGGUCCAUGAUGUGAAGUUCCAGACUCAAAAUGCAGAGGAGAAGGAGGCCUGGAUUAAAGCCCUCCGUGAUGGCAUUUGUCGAGCAAAGAACAAAAUCUUUGAUGAGGUUAAGAUUGAUGAAACCAGUAAUUUGGAGCAUGUUACUCGAUCAAGGCCAAAGGGGAACCGGAACCGUAGGCCGCCAACGAGGAUACACAUGAAAGAGGUAGCUGGUGUGUCAUCUGAUGGUAUCCUGCGUUUGGAUCUUGAUCUUGAGAAUGCUACAAUUCCUAAUGGUGCCCAUCAUGAUAGUGCUGAUGGCACCAAGACCGUCACCAGUGUCCCGAAAGCACAGUCUAGUGAACCUGCAGAGAAACAAUUAGAGUUGAUUGCAGAGGAGAAUGCUGAGACUGAGCCAGAGAUCAGCCCUCAGAAAAAGGUCAUCAAACCUCCUAUGCCACCUAACAAAGGGGCCAAAUCCAGUCCAGCACCUGAAGAAGAACCCGACAACGUCGAUGUUGCAGAGAAAAAGGUCUUGAAGCCACCCAUGCCUCCAGCUAAAGAAGUCAAGACCUCUGUGACACCUGUUGAAGAAACUACAGAGAACACAAAACCUGAGACGGUGUCUGAAAUGAGUCCUGAUGCCAAGAAAAAGGCAGGUCCUCCACCAACUCCUCCGAGUAAACCCUCUAGCAGCCCCGUGUUAGAGGCCGUGCAGCCCAAGCCAAACGUCCAUGCACCCACCCCUCCAUCUAAAGAGAAGAAGCCCACCAAUCCAGACCAACAGGUUGAAGGCACAGGCAAUGAGAAUACGCAAAAAGUAGAACAGAGUAAGAAGGAAAGCAAGGGAAUUGCUUGGGAAACAGUUGAAGCAGAUAAGUCACUUUCUACAGAAGCACUUCCUGGUGUCACAGAUGAGGAAUCUGAGAGUCCCAGUACAGAGGGAGAGGUUUCUAAAGACGAAUCAGAGGAGACGAUAAGCAGUGGAAUAAAGACGACAUUUGACAGUGAGCCACAUAUAUCCACGGAGCCACUGAGAAAAAGCUCCAGUCCUCUUAUGGCCCCCAAGAAAAAGCCUGAGAGCGCUGUUGAGCCUGACACACAGCACAUAGAAACCUGCUCACCUAUAAGUCAGCCUAGUGAGGAACCAGACUCUACCGCCUCAGAUACCUCUGCCAGCUCUCUUCAAACAGAAGAGGCUCUCCCCAAGAUUGAAGUCUGUUCCCUGAAUGAACCACUCACCGACAGCCCCAGCUCAAGUCCACUGCUCUGUCACUUGUCUGGGGAAAAGAAAAAGAAGGCAGAGGAAAAAUCGGUAGACAGUGGUCAGCACUCAGAUGACGAGAGCGAAGGUUCUGGGAGUGAAGACACACUGGCAAUGUCCACAGCUGCACUCAGGGGAAGCCACCCUGGUCUGGAUGCGUUGGACACCAGUGAGGACAUUCAGACAUCAGUUGAGACACAAGUGCCCCAGGCUGCAACCCAUCUCAGUCCGAAGAUCUUUCCUUGUCGGCGCUCAGCGCCCAUCGUUCCUCUCAAACCCUCAGCGAAGGCUAGAUCAGCCUCUAUCGGAGAUUUACUUGCUGAGCCUGCUGUCCGACCGCCUGACAAACCUAGGCCUGCAAGCGCCAGGCCUCCUAGUGAUGUUACCUCGAAACUUGAGACUGAACUGGCACUGGAGAUAGAAAAGACGAGUGAGCUCCAGAGCAGAGUGUCCCAGGCGCGGGGGCAAGAUGAAGGGGAUGCCAUGACAGAGGAUCUGCUCGCUAAGGCCAUGGAGAAGCUGAAGAAGGCCGACCAUGUCCUCAGGGAAGUCAAGAAACUGAAACUGGCAAGCAACUCAAACAAACGGAAGAGCUGGUGAAUGUAAGACAGAUUGACUUGGAUUUGACCCCACUGUUCAGUCUUAGCUUAAGCUUAAAAGGGCCUGUCAGUCUUUGGAUUUCUGCACGCACAACUGGCACGAGGCUGGUGGGAGAGUUAUAUUCAAUGUAGAAGGAUCAAAAGGUGUCAAAAAGGUCUAUCCAUGACUUAUUUAAUAAGAAUUAAUAGUACCCUACAGUCAACAAUAGAAACGAGAACCUGAAUGAAUUAGUCUCCUUCUGUCUGAAUUCAAAGAUCAAAAGAUUUUUCCAGCUGUAAAUUGUCAAAAUUACAUCACCGUUGUAAACCGAACACGUAGAGUUAUUCCACUGUGUAGGGUUUCUUUACAUUAGUUGAAACCUUGAGAAUGAAUUGAGAAUCAAGAAUUGCCUAAUAAAUCUAUAUUGUUAAUAGAUAGAUAGAUAGAUAGAUAGAUAGAUAGAUAGAUAGAUAGAUAGAUAGAUAGAUAGAUAGAUAGAUAGAUAUUGAUCCUGUGGGAAAUUCAGUAUACAGUAGCAUCAGUACAGAGACAGGAAAGAGUCAGCACACCUUGGAUCGAAAGUAUUAAAAAGUAUAAAACAUGGAAAAACAAAUUAGUAAAAUGUGCUGUGAGGGAAUCUAUACUGGACUUUAUCUUAAUUGUACUGCAGCAUAUGUACUGUUUACCAAUGAUUCAGAUUACUCAGAUUCCAGUUUAUGUUUUUUUACUUGUGCUAUUUUUUUCAUACUGAUAUUGUACAUAGCCCAGAACAAAGUGCUUGAAGCAGCUCUUACUAGCACCUCUUACGAUACACUUUUAACGUUAACAUGCUCAUUAGCAUAUUCCUUGCAGUCUGAAUCAUGAACUCAUACAUGAACAUGUUCCUCUUUUUUUAUUCAGUGCUUUGUUAACAGAUGUGAUGGCAGUUUUUUUCUACGCCAUCUAGAGUAUGUAAGAGUAUCUUCUAAAUGUAGAGUCACUUUUGUAUUUGAUGAAAUUUAACAUUGUCCAAAUAAACGAAGGGAACAACUUUCA